AUGGAGGUUAGACGGUGGCGUAAGGUGCUGGCCCUACUGCCUAUCGUCAUCGUCACGCUCGUCCGCGCCGGGUCAAACUACGGCAAGUUGAUAGAGACGGGCGGCGGAGUGGCGCUUGACACUAACGACACGUCGGUGAUCACCAUCAAGCUGGGAUUGCUGAUACCGUGGCAGGCUAGCUUCGAUGAAUUCGGAGGUCCAACCAGUGCCAGCGCCGUCUCCAUCGCUGUAGAGAAGAUCCACGCUGACCCGACACUGGGAACGAAGUUCAGAAUCGGAGUCAUAACACGGGAUUCGAACUGCGACGCCCGGCAAGCAGCCGGCAGUAUGGUGAAGAUGUAUUUCGAGGAUAAAGUUGAUGUAGUCAUCGGUCCACCUUGCUCGUUGUUUUUCAAGCAGAAUAACAUCACUAUGGUGCAUAUAGCCUCCUACGAGGAUGACCCCUCCGAUAAUUUCAUCAUCAAGACUCUCACCAAGUUAACGACACUCACACGCAUCGUCAUGGUCAUAACACCGGCGAGAGACCGUCGCAAUAUCAUGUUGCACGCCUACGACCUGGGCAUGACGAAAGGCGACUACGUUUUCUUCACCAUGGACAUGAUCCCCGACGAUGACGUCAUCGAUGCGUCAGAGACGUGGUGGGGUACAGACAACCGCAACGAGGAAGCGAGGCAGGCGUUCGAAUCCGUAUUUCACAUCAGUCUUGCUGCCCUGACUGGAACGCAGGUCAACCAGUUCAGAGUAGAAGUGGCUACGCGCAUGCGCCGUCCACCGUGGAAGGAAUACAUGUCAAAACUCUGGAUGGAUAACAUGGGAGACAAGUAUUCGCCGUUCCUACACGACGCUGUCAUUCUAUACGCUCUGUCGUUAAACAAGACAUUGACCGCGGGAGGUGACUACAGGAAUGGAACGCUUGUCGCUGCAAAUGCCAAGAACUUCUUCUUUAAAGGAAUUUCUGGCAAUGCCAUCAUCGAUGCGAAUGGUGAUCGCAUGCCUGAUUACUGGAUCACUGAUAUGUCACCAGAUGGCGAUUUCAUCAGAAUUGCCGAGCUCAUCAACACUGAACAGGGAAGGCGGCAGUACCGCUGGGUCGCUGAGCCAUACUGGCCAGGAGGUAUGAGAGGACAUGCUUAUGCUCCUCCCGCUGAGCCUCUCUGUGGCUUUUAUGGCGAAUUUUGUAGGGAGCCUUCUUACGCAACAAUGUAUGUCAUCAUCGGCGUCGUUCUGGGCUGUGUAAUACUCACCGCAUGUGUUGUCUUCGGCUGCUGGAUAUUCAAGCGGCGGGUAUACGAGUCACAGCUAAGGAGCACCAGCUGGAAAAUCGACUAUGAUUCGAUCGAAUUACUGGAUGUAAAGAGUAGACACUCCAAGAAGAGAGUAAAGGAUGGUAGCAAGCCGAGCAUGAAGAGUGGGUCGGAUAAGGAAGCUGCCGGUAUAAGCGGAGACGCAUCAAAGAGCUCCGGUAGUCAGUCAAAGUCCCAGCCGACGAGCAGUGUACAAACCACCUACGCCAAAAUCGGCUACUACCGUGGAACCAUGGUCGCCAUCAAGGACGUCACUAAGGAACACAUCAACGUCUCCAGAAACGUCUUGAAGGAGUUCUUUACGAUACGUGACCUACUCCACGAGAAUGUGAAUCCAUUCAUCGGUGCAUGCAUCGAACCACCCAACAUCGCCAUCAUCUGGCAGUAUUGUCACAAGGGUAGCUUAGUGGACAUCAUAGAGAAUUACGAUGUCAAGUUGGACAACUCCUUCAAACUAUCGAUGAUCGCUGACAUCGCCCGUGGCAUGGAAUACCUUCACAAGAGCAUACUGCAUUCCCACGGAAACCUCAAGUCGACCAACUGUCUUGUCGACAAUCGCUGGACGGUUAAGAUCACCGACUACGGCCUACAAAGCUUCUUGAUGGGAAUGGGUCAGAAAGAAGAGGAGGAUGAGAAUUACAUGUUUCUACGAAAACAGUGGACCGCACCUGAGAUUCUGCGCGAAAAUUUCCCGAGUCCAAAGGGCACACAGAAAGGUGACGUGUACUCGUUUGCCAUCAUCGCCUACGAGGUGUGUGGCCGACAACCAGCGUACAACUUCGACAACAUGGUUCCACGAGACGCUAUAAAUAGAGUGCGCAAUGGAGAGGCGAAGCCAUUCAGACCCCCGCUCCCGGACGAUGAGUUUGUUGACAUCUCACCUAAGAUCAAGGAACUGAUCUGCAACUGCUGGAGUGAGAACACGGAAGUACGCCCCCCUUUUACGAGCAUUAGAAAGACACUACGAGACAUCAAUGGCGGAGACAUCAUCAUCAUCGACAUGAUAUUGAACAUGAUGGAGAAGUAUUCGAACAAUCUGGAAGAAAUCGUCGAUGAGAGAACUGAGCAGCUGAACGAGGAGAAACUAAAGACAGACAAACUUCUAUACCGGAUGUUACCCGCCACCGUAGCCGAUAACCUCAAACUCGGCAGAGCUGUCCAGCCAGAGGCGUAUGAAGAGGCCAGAAUUGUUAUAUUGUAUUGCCACCAGCAGCCUGUGGCCCAGCUAGCUGCAUUCUGGAGCAUUCCCCUCGUAUCCUGGGUGGCGGCCGACCCGGAAUUUGGCGACAAAGUCAUGUACAGCACCAUGACGAGAAUCCUAGGCCCGUUCAGAAAGAUCGUCGACUUCUUAAACGACCUCUACACGUGUUUUGAUGACAUCAUUGCUAAACAUGACGUAUAUAAGGUGGAGACUAUAGGAGAUGCCUACAUGGUCGUCAGCGGCGUGCCAAUACGUAACGGCGUACGUCACGUGCAGGAAAUCGCCAACGUCGCCCUUGAUCUGCUCAGCUCCAGCAACAACUUCCGGAUCCGGCAUCGUCCCAACAUGCGCAUGCAGCUUCGUAUCGGUCUGCACACGGGACCCGUGGUAGCUGGAGUCGUCGGACUCAUCAUGCCUCGAUACUGUCUGUUUGGAGACACAGUGAACAUGACGGCUCGCAUGGAGUCCAACGGAAAACCUUCUCACAUACACAUCAGCAAACAGUUCCAGAUCGCCCUCAAGGACCUGAACAUCUACGAAAUAUAUCCGAGAGGAGAAAUGAGCGUCAAAGGAAAGGGAAUGCAGAUGACGUACUAGCGUGGGUGGAAAGAA